AUGUUGUCAGCGAAGGCAGUGCUCGCACUCCUUAGGGAUUCUAAUGAAUCCGUAAUUCUGUUUGCACUCAAGCGUUUAGUUGAUCUGAUGGACACUUUCUGGUGUGAGGUGGCCGCGGAUUUACCACUUAUUGAGGAACUUCAAGAGUCUGAGAACUUGAGCCUCAAAACCCGUAAGCUGGCGGCUCUGGUGACUUCGCAGGUGUAUUUUCACCUCGGUGCCUACGACGACUCUGUGCACCACGCCCUACAGGCAGGGGAGGCCUUUGAUGGAAUGCCAAGGUCUCUCUUCACGGAUACCAUUCUGAGCCGUUGCAUUGACCAAUACAUCGAGCAGCAGGAGCUGAAGGAAGGGGAGCCUCAGAAGACCGAUCCACGUCUUGAAACCCUUUUUGUAAGCUUGACAAAGCAGUGGGUUCAGAAUGACGAUAGUAUGGAUGAGGCAAAGGAACUUGUCGGCUUGACUAUUCUUGCCCGGCGACUCGAUUUUCUGGAAAUCGUUCUGAAGGAAUGCCUCAGUCGAAACGGAUCUUCGGACAUCCUAAACUUUACCUUCAACACGGCGAAUGUAUUAUUGCGGGAUAUCGGAUUUCGUCGCAAGAUUCUUCUUCUUCUGUCGGUUCUAUACACGAAAGGGGUUGAACGCGUGGAUUAUUUCUCGAUGGUUCAGUGCUUGCUCUUCCUUUCUGAUACCUCUGCCACAGCAGUUCUGAUUCGUGGUUUGAUCGAGGAUGGAAACACGAUGAUGGCUUAUCAGCUCGCAUUUGACCUAUUUGAGCACGGCAGUCAAGACUUCUUGUCUGUGCUUGUGAAAGAGCUUGAAAAGGAUUCUGGUAUAGCAAAUUCCCCUGAUGACAAUGCCGCCGUGGUUGCAGCUGAAACUACGGCAGCAGAAAAUGAAAAAGGGGCUGACGUCGACCCUGCAGAGUCGGUGCAGCCACCUGCCACGGAUAAAGCGGUAGACCCUGUCCAGCGCAACUUGAUAGCAAUUCUUUGUGGUGAGGUAACGUCGAAGCUCUACCUAAAGUUUAUGUACUCCCGCUGUGUCGCAGACGUCCACAUUCUGAAUCUGAUCAAGAAGCGAAUCGAUCCGAAGAAGUCGAUCCUGCACAACGCCACGGUGAUGGCGCACGCUUUGAUGUACAGCGGCACGACCAUUGACGGCUUCCUACGCGAUAACACCGCCUGGCUGGCGCGGGCAGAUUAUUGGGCGAAGUUCACCGCCACCGCCUCGGUAGGGGUGAUCCACCGUGGCCACACCGGGGAGGCGAUGAAGCUGCUCGAUCCCUACCUGCCCAAGGGCAGCCUGCCGGCCUUGCCAUACCAAGAGGGCGGCUCGCUUUACGCAUUGGGGCUUAUUUAUUCCCCCCUGGGUCUUUUAAGGGACCAUAAGGUGGUCGACUAUCUCACCGAGAACCUUCGAAAAUAUUCAGAUAAAGCACAGAUGGUGCACGGCGCCUCCCUUGGCCUUGGCCUCGCCGCGAUGGGGCUUCAGGAUGAGAAUAUCUUCGACACCCUUUUUACCUGCGUAACUGGCAGUGAUGCCGUGGGUGGCGAGGGCGCCGCGGUCGGGAUUGGGAUGCUGCACAUGGGCAGUGGCAACUACUCCGUCAUCACCAGCUUGAAAAAUGUGGCGAACGAGGAGAUGCAGAAGGAGAAGGUCAUUCGGGGGGCUUGUAUGGCUAUGGCCCUCAUCAACCUCGGCCGUGAGAACGAGGCGCUGGGUCUGGCAAAUGAGUUGCUGGAAAGCGGGGACCCGUGGAUUCGGCUGGGGGGGUGCUUUGUCCUCGGCAUGGCCUACGCUGGCACCGAAAACACCACCGCCAUUGGUCGUCUCUUGCAGGUGACGGUGAAGGACACUUCGGACGAUGUCCGCCGUAAUGCCGCGAUGAUGGUGGGGUUUCUCUCUUUUAAGGACCCUGCCCUAUGCCUCUGUCUCGUCCGGAUUCUUGUGGAUAGCUACAACCCACACAUUCGUUAUGGGGUUGCCAUGGCCCUGGGCGUGUGUGCCGCCGGUACGGGGCACUCCGACAUUAUUAACGUGCUUUGGGAGAUGAAAGACGACCUCAGUGAUCUCGUCCGACAGGGCGUGAUCAUCGCCCUUGCCCUCGUCAUGACUCAACUGACGGAAUAUGAGAACCCGAAGGUUAAGGAAUUCCGCCAACUCUUGGAGGCUAAGAUCAGCGACCGCCGAGAGACGCUAUGCAUCAAGUUCGGCUGCAUCCUGGCCUCCGGGCUAUUGGACUGCGGUGGCCGAAAUUGCACCUUCGCCCUGCACCGGGAUCGGCAUCGUAUGGAUAAGGCCGUGGCGGGUAUGUUCUUCUUUACCCAGUACUGGUACUGGUACCCGUAUGUGCUCAUGGUAUCCUUGGCGAUGCAGCCCACCUGUUUUAUCGGUCUUAACUACAACCUGGAGAUGCCGAAUUACACCUUCCGCUCGAACGCCCCGCCGCACCACUACGCGGUCCCGAAGUCCAUCCAGCAGGAGAAGAAGGAGAUCAAGCUAUCCGGUGUCCAGGCCGUGGUCCUCUCGACGACGCGAAAGGAGGAAGAGCUGCAGCGCCAACGCCGUGGAAAGCAAUCCCAGUCGGGGGCUGGGGAGGAUGCCAAGACCACGACGGAGUCCGCCCCUGCUGAAGGGGCCUCAGAGGCCACAGGGGCGGACCCGAAGGCCGUCGCCAACGCCGAAUCGGACGGGAAAGGGGAGCCACCGGAAGCGGCCUAUGAGAUCCUCCACAACCCCGCCCGUGUGACGGCCCAUCAGUUCGCCGUCGUUUCCCACACCGUUGACGGACGCUACGUUCCGCUCAAGGCGAACCCUAUUGGGGUCUGUAUGUUGCGGGAUACGAAGCCAUUCAUUGGGCAGCAGGAGGCGUUUGUGGCGAUCGACCUGGAUAACGGGGACGCGCCGCCGCCUAAGCCAUUCAAGUAUCCUUAG